UGUAGUUGCAGUGAGGUGAAGCCUUUGUUGCUCUUAAAAUCAAAAUCUUCAACUAAUUUUCCUGUACAAUCCCAUUUUCUGACUCAUCUUUUUCUCUAUAUUUUUCUCUCUCUCUCCCCACAAGGAAUAAGAUCACCUGAUUGAUUCAGUUUCAUCCUUUGAAUAUCUAUUGAUGCAAUUUGCCAAAGACCCACCUUUUUCUCUCUCAACUAAGCAUUUCAAGUUUUCAAUUCCAUUUCCUAAUUUUAAAUAUUAUUCAUUUAUUAUUGAUUUCCAUUAGUAAAACUCUCUUCUUUUUCAAGUAUCUGAAACUUCCACUCUAAGCAUACAAAUUUUUUCCUUUCUCUACCUUUUCUCUUUCUCUUCAUCUGCUCUUUCAAUUAGCUUUAGAUCUGGGGAUUUUUAGAGCAAAACCCUCUUUCUCUUUAUUUUUGUUCUAAUCCUCUAUGCUUAUAGGCUUUCAAAAGUUUAAAAAUUUUGAAGUCAAAUUUAUAUGCUUUUAUUAAAUGUCUUUCGUUUACUGAGCUAGCUAUUUUCAGUUGCUUCUUAUUCUAAAAACUCUCAUCCAUUAGCAGAUUAAAGACGAAAUCUUUUUUUUUUCUUUGAUUUGUUACUGGGGUCGUUUCAGCUCUUGGGUUUUGGUUAUUGGUAUGUGCUCUAUUCCCUAUUUACGCAUCUUUGCUUAAAAGUCUUAGCUUGGAUGUUGUUCGUAUAUCUAAAAAGGAGGCUUUGGUUCUGUUACAGAACCUCCUUGCUUCUCUUUGCCUCUUCUCUUAACUAGAUUGCUGGGUUCCGCUUUGCUUGCUAGAGUUUUCGGUUCACUGAGCUAGUUCGUACAGCUUUGAGUUUUGUGCUAUAGGGAAUUGAUGUCAAUGAAAAACCGAUUAAUGAAUAUGAGAAAGAAUGCCAACUCCCACUCAGGAAGGGUGUUUAGUGAUAGAAAAUGGCUUUUUCCAUUUUUUGCUAGCCUCCUUGUAUCUUUGACUCUGUUUCUGUCGGCUAUUUUUGGGUUAUUUACAUCUCCUUAUGUUGGAGAUCAGUUGCCAUUCGACAUUAUUUCAUUUUCAAGAUCAGAGGACGCCAGUGGGUAUUUCGUAGAAUCCGAUUUAAACAAGUCAUCGUUUAACACAAGUGGGUACUCAAAAUUGGAGGCCCCUAGAUUAGCUUAUCUCAUUUCAGGGACAAAGGGUGAUAGUCGUAGAAUGAUGAGGACUUUGCAAGCAGUGUAUCAUCCAAGAAAUCAGUAUAUUUUGCAUUUGGAUCUUGAGGCACCGCCUCGUGAAAGGUUGGAGUUGGGAAUAUCUGUGAAAAAUGAUCCUGCAUUUCUAGAAGUUGGGAAUGUACGUGUAAUGGCGCAGUCCAAUUUGGUUACUUACAAGGGGCCAACUAUGAUAGCAUGUACACUUCAAGCAAUUGCAAUUAUGUUGAGGGAGAGCUUGGAGUGGGAUUGGUUCAUUAACCUCAGUGCUUCAGAUUAUCCUCUUAUGACACAAGAUGAUUUACUUCACGUGUUCUCGAAUUUGUCUAGAAAUCUUAACUUCAUUGAACAUAUGAAGAUUACUGGAUGGAAACUGAACCAAAGGGCAAAACCUAUUAUCAUUGAUCCGGGCCUUUACUUAUCAAAGAAAUCUGAUCUUGCUUUAACUUCUCAACGCCGUUCACUUCCCACAUCUUUCAAGUUGUUUACUGGUUCAGCGUGGCUAAUGCUAAGCCGAUCUUUCGUAGAAUACUCUAUAAUGGGAUGGAAUAAUCUCCCACGAACUCUCUUAAUGUACUACACAAAUUUCAUCUCCUCUCCUGAAGGAUACUUCCAUACUCUUAUUUGCAACACAGAAGAAUUCCGAAACACAGCAAUAGGUCAUGAUCUUCACUACAUUGCUUGGGACACUCCUCCAAAGCAGCACCCCAUCUCUUUGACCAUGAAAGACUUCGACAAAAUGGUUAAAAGCAAGGCUCCAUUUGCUCGUAAGUUUGCUAGGGAUGAUCCGGUUUUAGACAAGAUUGACAAAGAGCUUCUAGGUCGCACAAGCCGGUUUGCACCUGGAGCAUGGUGUAUUGGCAGCUCAGAUGAUGGUGCUGAUCCAUGCUCUGUGCAUGGAAAUUAUUCUGUGUUUAGGCCAGGUCCAGGUGCUGAGAGGUUGCAACAGCUGUUUCAGACAUUGUUAUCUGAUGAUUUUAGAAAAAAGCAGUGUUCAUGAUAGAAGUGAAAUUUUGAAAUCUCCAAGUGUACAUUGGUGUAUCUAUAGAUUUUACAGCAGAUGUAGAAUGGUGGAAAAUCUUUUUCUCUUCUUCCUAUAUCAAUGGAACAUUAAACUGGAAAAGGUAAAAAAGAAAAGUUUUGUUGGCACA